GAAGUACGAAGUUUCAAUACUAUGUGCAUUAUGACAUGUCUGUGCUGUUGGGACUAAAUCAAACAGAGAGAGAGAGAGAGAGAAAGAGAGAGACGGGGAGAGGGAGGGACGUCUCCUGAGUCAAGACGGUGACGUGCGUGGUUAAAUUUUCACAUGACUCAAACACUUGUAGGCAACUGACAAGGUGUAGCUGAUCUGAGGAGAGGCAUGUACUCCCAGUGGAUUAAUAAUCACAGACAUAACCAACGGUGUAGCCCAUCAACCACAGCUCUAACAGUUCAUCUUGGUUCCCUGCCAAUGGGCAGCUUCAGCUGGGAUAAUCUUAAAUUCCUCUCCAGACAAAAGUUGGAAGAAGAAGACACUGGACUUGUUUAAGAAGGUUGUCAUGUCGCUUCUGGAGAAAGAUGUUUCGAGAAAAAAGCUCUAGGACUCAAAUCAUUUGCAGGCAGAAUGUUUCUUCCUGGAUGGUCCAUUUUGUGUGUUUUACACACUCUACGCAUGUCAGCCUGUGGUUUGGAGAUUUCUGGAUAUGACAGCCAUGAAGUCAUUUGCUUGCAGGUUAUUUCCAAUUGCACCAUAAAGGAUGAGAUGCCCCUUAUUGUAGCAGAGAAUAAUGGUCUGGAUGUCCGCAACCUGACUCCAUAUUUCGAGCUCUGCUGCAGAGACGGGGCGCUGUGUGCAUUAUGUCUUGUGAUAGACACAGAGAUCAACUUCAAUCCAGAAACAGACAUGGAGGAUGAAGGCCACUCUGGGAAUGAUGAAGAGGAUUAUAGCGAGGAGUCAGUGAGAAAUCCAAAAGCGUCUGUGACUCUGUGUUACACUGCAGCAUCUGCCAUGCCCAUGUGCAAGAAGGUGGAGUUUACAGUUAAUCAUGCAGCUCUUACUCAGAAAAACUGGGCAAAGUUUUCUGUGGUGAUCAAUAAGCCAGCUGGGGUUUCCUUCAGCAGUCAUGUGACUGUUUAUUCUUCUAAACCGUCACAUCUAAGUCGAGAGGUUGUCGCUCCUUCUCUAGAUAAUGUGUGCUCCCAGGCCCAGCAGGAACGUGUGGAACAGUGCAGAGUGCCCAGAGUCAGCAGUGUAAUUAACCAAGAGAGGAAUCAGGUGGAGCUGCAGUUUGCUGGCAGGAAUAAAAGCCUCCUCUAUGUGUGCAUCCAGUACGAGCAGAAUGGAAGAUGUCAGACAUGGAACAGGACACCCAUCCCACUGUAUUCUGUGACCACCUGCAUGUGUCUCCAGGUAUGGAAUGAGGUCCAGCUGAGGCGCUCUCUAAGCUGCCCCUUCAUUAACACAGAUUUCCUCCAAAAGAACGUAUGGCAGAAUGUGUCAGUGUCUGUUAGACAGGGUCAAAUGAGCAACUACCGCCCAAUGCUGUGGUGGAACCUGUCUGCCCCCUGCAGGCUGGAGGGUGAAGUGUGGCCCUGCCUCAGAGAAACCACCUGCAGGGAGAUAAAGGGCUUUAGACAACAGCUGGCAAACAGCACAUGGAGACAAAACAGCAAGGGACAGUGGGAGAAAACAGGAGUGUUUGAAGAAAUCAAACUUCAACUCUCACCAUGUGUGAUGGUGAAGGUCAAGGGAAUGGGAGAUGAGCUGGGUCCAUUCUGUCUUAAAAACAGUGGCAGGAGGCGCUGGAUUCUCCUGGUUGUUGGCAUCAUGCUGCUGGUUUGCCUGACAGUGCUUGUAUGUUAUCUCCUUCAUGACUUUGUCAAGAAAUGGGUGUGGAGCUGGGGUCAUGGCGGAUUGGUAAAAAUUGGCAGAAGAGGUCAUGUGGUGUUGUUAAGCCCACCGGAUAUGGAUGAUCGUGUUUCGGAGUCAGUAUGCCGACUCGGUUCCCAGCUCUGUAACAAGGGCUUCAGCGUGUCUGUGGACCAGUGCAGCAGGAAGGAGCAAUGCACUCUGGGGCCUCUGCCAUGGCUGCACUCCCAGCUGCUGGAACUGAACAGCCGGGGCGGCCGAGUUGUGCUCGUCUUGACCCGCAAAGCCUUAGAGAGAGCAAAGGAAUGGACCCAUCGGAACACAGAGGUUAUCAAGACAAAGGGGGAUGACAUGGACCUACCUCAGAUAUGUUCCCCUUACUCUGAUAUCUUCACAGCCUCCCUGUGCCUCAUCCAAGCGGAUAAUCAGCAGGGCAGAGCAGGAGAACGUUUUCUUCUGGUGACACUUGACUCCCAUCCAAGCAGUGACAGGAGUCUACCAGAGCUUCUUCAAGGUCUGCCCUUGUUCCAGCUUCCCUCUCAUAGUCAGGCUCUCUUUUCUGAGCUCACAGUGGGAAGGACUGGGAGGGGAUCAGGUCAAAGGAUAUGGACAGAUCUGACAGCUUUCGGUGGAUGGAGAGCAAAGACUAAAGAGGGACCAGAUCAGCAGAAGGCCUCCUACGGUAAAUGUGCAGAAGUUGAGGAAACUUGGCGACAAAGCGUUUGAAGCACCCAUAAAUUAUUGUUGCUCUGUACAUGAAUGACAUGUUCAUCUAAAUUGUGGAUAAGAUAAACAUUAGACACUAUUAACGGCUGGCUGGCAAUGAUCUAUAUCGCUGUUAUUCUCCAGAAAUGCCAUGAAAUGACCAACUACAAUGCCUUAGUUCAUCUCGCAAUCAGCUUAUUUACUGUCAGCAGUUUUCAGCCCCAUUAUUUUUUUUCCUGAAAAUGUUAAAUGACUUUCUGCAGUUCUUACACAUGUUACUAAAAAUAGUGCAUUUGUUAGGGACUGUUUUUAGCUGUGGAUUUGAUAUGAUAGUGAACAUCUAAGCAAGUAGUACGGAGUUUGCGGGACUGAGAUAGGUUAUUUCAAACAUGUAACACAUAAUUAAAAACUAAAAACAGGAACAACCCAAACAAUUCACUGUAAACAUUAAAAACAAAUUCUUAGUAAAAUAAAUGAAUACAUAUUCCAAAUAAGAUGUCCAAAAAGAGUAUGAAAAAGGAUAUACUUUUAUGGUCCUACUCCUUUCUAUAACCUAAAUAAUGUGCUUAGUGUUUGACAUUUAUACACACAAAUAAUUGUCUUUAUGGUUAUCAUAUAAAGUAUACCGUAACAAUUUACCUCAGUGUAAAUCAAAUGUGCAUUAAAUAGCUACCUUAAUGUUUAUCCUAUUUACACAUACUGUAAAAAUAAAAUUACAUUCAUUGGUACACACUGUUAUUUCCCUUUUUCCAAUUAAUUUUAGCGGAAGGUCACAAUGAUUGGAGGGUUAUUCAGAUCACCUGUUGUACAGAGAGUGGGGAGUGGCUCCUGAUUAAUAAUUGAGAGCAGCUUGGUGCAUUUCCUCUAGUGGCCAAUCAGGGUGUGACAACGUCUAUUCUUUAGGGUUCAGGAGAGGAGAGGAAUUGCACAACCAGUGCAUCUCGAUCUUUCCGUGACCUGCAGACCUCAUUUCUACAUUCUGGUCUUUGGGCACGGUUGAUACUUCUUUGCUGUCUGAACUUUUCUGAAUGAGGGUGAUUUUGAGCAUUCAGAAACCUGGUUUGAGUGAAUAUUAAAGAACACCUUUCCUUUAGGUUAUACCUGCAUCAUGGUAGACAAAACAGUUUAUGGGGUAGACUUUAGUUUGCCUAUAGAUACACUUAAUGCCCACUAACUUUGUUUUGUUAUUUUGUUUAUUGGUAUAUUUCUUAUUGAAACCCCCUUUAAACACAUUUCCUUAUUAAGAAUAUAAUACUAUACAUUGGCCAGACUCUAUGCUUCAAUAUGUUUAACCUAAAAUGUUACAGACUAAUUAUAUUCAUGUAGCCUAAUGUAUGUCUUCCAACACUUGUCUAUAAAUAAAGGUGCGUAUUUAUGUACAUGAGAGAUCCUGGAUUGUGAUUGGCCUUCUCUCAGAGAAAGUCGGUGGCUCGUAUUGGUGCAAUCUAAUGUCAGU